UGAAUGAGUGUUCCAUCGUUUUUUUUUGUUCGAAGAGACAAGUAGUGUGUGCACGCCGUUUAUCUUAAUUAUUUUUAUACUUUAGUUAUUUAUUUUUUAUAUAAAAGCCCACAUACAAUCUUGCGAUAGCCCACAGUACUUGUCUGAAGACGUGAAAAGGCAACGAUAAACGAUCUGACGUAAAGAAAUUUGAUAAAAAGCGAAGAGUCUAGUAGACAUCAAAAGGAAGCAGUAGAGAAACAGCAACAAAACAAACAUGUUAACUGAAAUUGUGAAUAAUCCAAAAUUAGAAAAAAUUCUAAUCAGCACGGGUAACAUUUUAAAUGUGGACAAUGCCACACCAUUGCGUACAUCGCACGAAGAGCUGUUAGACAGCUUGAAAUUAUGUACCGACUGUCAGGCGGCUGCUGCCGCUGAUGGAAAAGACGAUUUACAGCUGGUGACUGGUCACAGCGACAAUGAAGCUCAUGUGCUGCGGGCUCAAAAAGAGUUGCAAGAGAAAAUAUUGGAAAAUCAACGCAACGAAAUAAGUAUUGGAGCCAAAUUAUUUGUAAACAAUGCCAGCGGUAUGGGGGUGCAAGAGGCAGUCAAAGCUUUAAUGGAUAUACUCAAAGUGGAUUAUGUUGAUAAUCUUGUGGUGGCUUAUCAUCCACAUGGCGGUGAUGCCGUCGAUGUUAAUAGUCUAAAGAGUAUUUGGAAUGUUUUACAAGAAUUCGCGGAAAAGAAACAAAUUUGCCAGUUGGGCAUUGCCGAUUUGGACAGCAGUAGCUUGCAGCAGUUGCACAGCUAUGCCAGAGUGCCUCCGACCAUAGCUCAAAUUAAUUUGGCUAAUUGUUGCGUUGUACCACCGGAAUUGAAAGAAUUUUGUACACAAAAUGAUAUACAAUUGCUGACUCAUGGUGACCCCGAAAUUUUAUUAGCCGAUAAUGAUUUCACCAUUCCCGGCGGUUAUACGGUCGAUUGGGUGAUGCGUUAUCAGGUACAUGUACGCUGUCGCGGUGUGCUUACUGCCAAAGGUUAUAUAGUGCAGGCCACAAAGAAGAAAGAGUUAUAAAUGAAAUGAGGAAUGCAAAUGUGAAGCUAUGAUAAGAACAAAAACAAAACAACAGAUUCUAAGUAAAUAAACACAUAUAUUUUUAUAGUUCAAAUUACAAAAAAAAAAAAAAAAAAAAAAAACAAGAAAAUACAACAUUCAUUUUUCCGUUCCAUUAAAAAGAAAGUGUGAGAAAUACUUAAGGGGAUUUACAAUAGUGUCAAGAAAAGAACCAAUCAACUAACCGCAGUCAUUAACAUUAAUUUUCGUUUUGAAGGGGAAGUUCCUCACCCUAACGCAAAUUGUUGAUUGCUGCCCUGCUCAUUAUAUUUAACAUUUUUUUUUAACAAUUAUCAAAAGAGUUGUACUUAUUGUUAGUUUUUAUACACUAUUAUAUGAAUUAAUAUUUCGCCCACCACCUUCUCUCAAUCUGCAACACACUCAUUUCCACAAUUAUCAUGAUGGAAACCAGGAAUACUCUGCAAGUGUGUGGGAACAAUUUAAAUGUGGUUGUGAUUUAUUUCGCCUAAUAAACUUAGUACUGGAAACUUGACAGAAGUGUCCGGCAAGUAGAACCUCAAAAAUCUUGGUUAUGAUUUUAUAAACCUUGAGUUUUGUAUAAACAUUUUAAAAUGCCUAUUUUUGGCCUAAAAUUUUCAAUUGCAUGGAAUUUUACAAUUUUUAUUGUUCUCAUACACCCUCAGUGUACCAUAAAACCCAAUGUAGGAAGUAUCCUAUCACAAAUUAUCUACUUUUUAUUACUAUUAUUAUCUGUAGCAUUUCUUCUUUUGUACUAAAAAAGUGUCUUGUUUUUUUAUUCACGAUAUACUUUUGAAUAAUUUUUAAGUUUUACAAUUUAUAUCUACUUGGAUAUGUUGUUAUUGUAGUAGUAAAUAAUUAUGAUAAAUAGAAAAUAAAGAAAAAGCUGAACAAAAAAAUUGCUAAUAAAUCAAAA